AUGCCAUUAGAACAAAUUGGCCGUAAUUUGGACGAAAAUGACCGAACGAGACAGCGCACGACCAGGACGAGACAGCGCACGACCCAGGACGAGACAGCGCACGACCAGAACGAGACAGAGCACGACCAGAACGAGACAGCGCACGACCAGGACGAGACAGCGCACGACCAUAACGAGACAGCGCACGACCAGAACGAGACAACGCAAGACCCAGAACUAGACAGCUCACGACCAGAACGAGACAGGGCGCGACCAGAACGAGACAGCGCACGUACGAGAACGAGACAGCGCCACGACCAGGACGAGACAGAGCACGACCAGAACGAGACAGCGCACGACCAGGACGAGACAGCGCACGACCAGAAGAGACAAGCGCACGACCAGAACGAGACAGCGCACGACCAGAACGAGACAACAACGAGCCAACGCAAGACCAGAACGAUACAGCGCGCGUACCAGAACCUAGACAGCGCACGACGAGAACGAGACAGCGCACGACCAGGUACGAGACAGCGCACUGACCACAACGAGACAGCUCAGGACCCAGAACGAGACAGCGCACGACCAGAACGAGACAGCGCACGACCAGAACGAGACAGCGCAGUACCAGAACGAGACAACGCACGACCAGGACGAGACCAGCGCACGACCAGAACGAGACAGCGCACGAACAGGACGGGAGAGCGCACGACCAGAACGAGACAGCGGCACGACCAGGACGAGACAGCGCAGGACCAGAACGAGAGAGGCGCACGACAGGACGAGACAGCGCACGACCAGAACGAGACAGCGCAGACCAGACGAGACAGCGCACGACCAGAAAGGGACAGCGCACGACCAGACACGAGACAGCGCACGUACCAGAACGAUGACAGCGCAGGACCAGGACGAGACCAAAACGCACGACCGAACGGGACAGGCACGACCAGAACGAGACAGCGCACGACCAGGACGAGACGAGCACGACAGCACGAGACAGCGCACGACCAGACACGAGACAGCGCACGACCAGAAGGGGACAGCGCACGACCAGAACGAGACAGAGCAGGACCAGAACGAGCACAGCGCACGACCAGGACGAGACAGCGCACGACCAGAACGAGACAGCGGCACGACCAGAACGAGACAGGGCACGAGCAGAACGAGACAGAACGAGACAGCGCACGAGCAGAACGAGACAGGCACGACCAGGACGAGACAGCGCAGGACCAGAACGAGACAGCGCAGGACCAGAACGACAGCGCAGGACCAGAACGAGACAGCGCACGACCAGAACGGAGACAGCGCAGGACCAGGAACGAGACAGGGGAAACGACCAAGACGAGACAGCGCAGGACCAGAACGAGACACGCACGACCAGAACGAGACAGCGCCAGACCACGAACGAGAAAAGCGCACGACCAGAACGAGACAGCGCAGGACCAGAACGAGACAGCGCACGACCAGAAGAGGACAGCGCGGGCAGAACGCGACAGCGCACGGAGAACGAGACCCAGACCAGAAACGAGACAGCGGCAGGACCAAAACCCAGACAGCGCACGACCAAGGAAGAGACAGCGCACGACCAGGACGAGACACGCAGACCAGACGAGACAGCGCACGACCAACGAGACAGCGCACGACCAGAAACGAGACAGCGCAGGACCAGAACGAGACAGCGGCCAGGACCAGAACGAGACAGCGCACGACCAGAACGGGACAGCGCACGACCAGGACGAGACAGCGCACGACCAAGACGAGACAGGCAGACCAGGACGAGAAGCGCAGACAGGACGAGACAGCGCAGGACCAGAACGAGACAGGCACGACCAAACGACAGCCGACCAGACGAGAAGCGCAGACCAGAACGAGACAGCGCACGACCAGAACGAGACAGCGCACGACCAAACGAGACAGCGCAGACCAAACGAGACAGCGCACGACCAGACGAGACAGCGCAGGACCAGGACAGACAGCGCACGACAGGGAAGGACAGCGCAGGACGAGGACGAGACAGAGCACGACCAGAAGAGACAGCACGACCAGAACGAGACAGCGCACGACCAGAAGAGACAGCGCAGGACCAGAACGAGACAGACGCGACCAGGACGAGACAGCGCAGGACCAGAACGAGACAGCGACGGCAGAACAGAAGGCGACCAGAACGAGACAGCGCAAGCAGGACGAGACAGCGCACGACCAGACGAGAGCGACGCCAGACAGACGCAGACCAGGACGAGACAGCCACGACCAGAACGAGACAGCGCACGACCAGGACGAGACAGCGCAGGACCAGAACGAGACAGCGCACGCGAAAGAACAGGCACGCCAGAAACGAAGCACACGACAGAACGAGACAGGCACACAGAAGCGCAGACCCAGACGAGACAGCACGACCGACGAGACAGCGAGGACCAGGACGGAGAAGCGCAGACCAGAAGAGACAGGCAGGACGAACGCAACAAGCACGACCAGAAACGAGACACCACGACCAGAACGAGACAGCGCACGACCACAGAGACAGCGCACGACCAGAACGAGACAGGCAGGACCAGACGAGACAGCGCAGGACCAGAAACGAGACAGCAACGACAGAACGAGAACACGCAAGACCAGACGAGACAGCGCACGACCAGAACGAGACAAGCAAGACCAGCGACAGACAGCCACGACCAGAACGAGACAGCGCACGACAGGACGACAGACGCAGACCAGAACGAGACAGCGCAGGACCAGAACGAGACAGCGCACGACCAGACGAGACAGCGACGACCAGAGACGAGACAGCACGACCAGAACAGACAAGCGCACGGACCAGAACGAGACAGCGCCAGGGCAGAAACGCCAGGAGCCAGAACAGAAGACACGCCAGACAAACGAGACAGCGACGACCAGAACGAGACAGCAACGAGACAGCGACACCAGAAGAGACAGCGCAGACCAGGACGAGACAGCGCAGACCAGAAACGAGACAGACAGACCAAAGACAACGCACGACCAGAACGAGGACAGCGCACGACCAGAACGAGACAGCGCACGACCAGAAGAGACAGCCACGACCAGAACGAGACACGCACGACCAGAGAGGCAGACAGCGCAAGACCAGAACGAGACAGCGCAGGACCAGAACGAGACAGCGCACGACCAGACGAGACAGCACGACCAGAACGAACAGCCACGACCAGGACGAGACAGCGCAGACCAGAACGGAGCCGACAUAAGAGCAAGACAGACAGAAACGCACGGACGCAGAAGAAAAGCAGAGCCAGACCAGAAGACGCAGACAGAAGAACCAGAGAGCGCAGACCAGACGAACAGCAGGACCGAACGAGAAGGCGACAGCGCACGCAGACCAGAGAGACAGGCACGACCAGAAGAACAGGCAGACGCGAGACACGCCGACCAGAGAGACACGCACGACCAGAAGAGAAGCGCAGACAGACGAGACAGGCAGACCAAACGAACAGCGCAGACCAGAACGAGACAGGCAGCGACAGAACGAGCACGCAGGACAAGACAGGAGACAGAAAGAGGAGCACGACCAGAGAGACAGGCAGGCCAGAACGAGACACGCAGGCCAGAAGAGAAAGCAGGACCAGAACGAGACAGGCAGGACCAGGAGAAGCGCACGACCAGAGAGACAGCGCAGACCAGAACGAGACAACGCAGCAGACGGACAGCGCACACCAGAACGAGCAGCGCACGCCAGAACGAGACAGCGCACGACCAGAACGAACACGCAGACCAGAAGAACAGGCAGGACCAGAACAGAAGCGCAGGCAGAAGAGACAGCGCCGACCAGAACGAGACACGCACGACAGAACGAGAAGCGCAGACCAACAACAGCCACGACCAGAAAGGACACCAGACCAGAACGAGACACCAGACCAGAAGAGACAGGCAGACCAGACGAGACAGCACGACAAACGACAGGCAGACCAGAAACGAGACAGCGCACGACCAGAACGAGACAGAGCACGACCAGACAGACACGGACACGACCAGAACGAGACAGCGCACGACCAGAACGGGACAGCGCAGACCAGAACGAGACAGAGCAGGACCAGAACGAGACAGCGCACGACCAGGACGAGACAGCGCAGACCAGAACAGACAGCGCACGACCAGAACGAGACAAGCGCACGACCAGAACGAGACAGAAACGAGACAAAGCGCAGACCAGAACGAGACAGCGCACGACCAGAACGAGACAGCGCACGACCAGAACGAGACAGACGCAGACCAGAAACGAGACCAGCGCACGGACCAGAACGAGACAGCCACGACCAGAACGAGACAGCGCAGGACCAGAACGAGACAGCGCACGACCAGCACGAGACAGCGCACGACCAGACGAGACAAGCGCACGACCAGAACGAGACAGCGCAGGACCAAACGAGACAGGCACGACCAGGACGAGACAGCGCACGACCAGAACGAGACAGGCACGACCAGAACGAGACAGCGCACGGACCAGAAACGAGACAGCGCAGGACCAAAGGACAGCAGCACGGCCAGAACGAGAAGCCCAGAACGAGACAGCGCAGGACCAGAACGAGACAGCGCACGACCAGCACGAGACAGCCCAGACAGGACGAGACAGCGCACGACCAGAAACGAGACAGCGCAGUGACCAGAACGAGAACAGCGCACGACCAGUACGAGACAGCUCACGACCAGGACGAUACAGCGCAGGACCAGAACGAGACAGCGCACGACCAUGGACGAGACAGCUGCACGACCAGAACGAGACAACUGCACGACCAGAAACGAGACAACGCACGACCAGAAACGAGACAGCAGGCACGACCAGAACGAGACAACCGCACGACCCGAACGAGACAACGCACGACCAGGAACGAGACAGCGCAGGACCAGAACGAGACAGCAACGAGACAGCGCAGACCAGAACGAGACAGACGCACGACCAGAACGAGAAGCCAGACCAGAACAGACAGCGCAGGACCAGAACAGAAAGCACGACCAGGACAAAGCGCACGACCAGAGGAACGAGACAGCGCACGAGCAGAACGAGACAGGCAGGACCAGAACGAGACAGCGCACGACCAGCACGAGACAGCGCAGGCCAGAACGAGACAGCGCACGACCAGAACGAGACAGCGCACGACCAGACGAGACAGCGCACGACCAGAACGAGACAACGGACGACCAGAACGAGACAGCGCACGACCAGAACGGGACAGCGCACGACCAGGACGAGUACAGCGCACGACCAUGAACGAGACAACGGCACGGACCAGAACGAGAGAGGCAGGACCAGAACGAGACAGCGCACGACCAGAACGAGACAGCGCACGACCAGAAACGAGACAGCGCACGAACAGGACGAGACAGGCACGACCAGGACGAGACAACGCACGCCCAGACGAGACAGCGCACGACCAGGACGAUACAGCGCAGGACCAGAACGAGACAGCGCACGACCAGGACGAGACAGCGCACGACCAGAAACGAGACAGAGCACGACCCGAACGAGACAGCGCAGACCAGAACGAGACAGCGCACGACAGGACGAGUACAGCGUCACGACCAGGACGAGACAACGUCACGACCAGAACGAGACAGCGUCACGACCAGGACGAGACAGCGCAGGACCAGAACGAGACAGCGCACGACCAGGACGAUACAGCGCACUACCAGAACGAUGACAUAUCACUACCAUAA